UUCAGACCGGGAGAUACGGUGGUCAGUGCUCGGUGCACGGUAAAGGGAUUCCGCUGCUCUCACACCCAUGUAAUAAUCUUACUAGGAAGAGACGACAAACCAACCCUGGAGUCCUCCAUCUUCUCGCGCAAGAUGCCGCUGUUUGGGAAUACGUUUAGCCCCAAGAAAACGCCACCAAGAAAAUCUGCGUCGCUCUCCAAUCUGCAUGCACUGGACAGGACAACCAAAGAAACAGAGCUGGGCCUGGAUUAUGGGUCACCAAAUAUCACCAUCGCUGGCCAGAGCAUGAAGUUUGAGAAUGGGCAGUGGAUAACAGAAUCAGGCGGUACCGGAUCACACAAGGAGAUCCAGCGUCUGCGGAAGCGAAACCAACAACUGGAAGAAGAGAACAACUUGCUGCGCCUGAAAGCUGACAUCUUACUGGAUAUGCUCUCGGAGACCACAGCUGAGUCGCACCUGAAGGACAAAGAGCUGGAAGAGAUGAGGAAUCUGAGCGCAAGGAGAAAAUGAACGUUGCACAAAGAGUGUGGACAAUACUGGCACCAUCUGAUGGUGUUGUCUGGCAGAUGUGAGGCUUCCUCAUCUGCCAUUACCAAACUAUACAUUAAACCACUAGCGUGCAGGACACAUUGCACCUCCUGAGGAAGACAUGGUCGGUGAGCCACUUAGGAACGGCAUACACAAAUAGCAACCAAUCACUGUCGUCGUUAUGAUCUAGCGCUGCAAUGUCUGCAGUGCAACGUUAUCGUUACCCUUUGUGGGUUUACUGAUGCGGAAAUGACACACUCAUUAGUGCAUUUAAUGUUUGCAGACAUGUAAUGUCUCUUUAUAGAUUAAUUUCACAGGCGUCAUCCAAUCGCAUUGCACAGAUUAUACUGAUAAUUUUAUAUAUCGUUAGUUUUUUUUAUAUUAACUAUUUUUAGAUGGUUGGUAAAUAUUUGUGUGUUUUUUUUUUAGAAAUGUUAUAUUUUUAAAUUGUAUUAAAAUAUUUGCAAAAAACUUUA